CUCAGGAAGCGGCGUCCGUGUUCAGCAGCCUCGUUUGCACAACACGGAGCACAAGGACGGGGAACGUUUAUCUUUGUUUUGAGUGAUUUUUCUUUUCGUUUUUAUUCAUUUAGACUGAAGAGUUUUCUCCUGCCUCGAACCUGAAGAUGGCUCCUAAAUCUCUGAAUCCUCUGGCCAUGAAGCUGAUGAAGGGAGUGAUCGUUCUGGAGCUGGUGGGCGUCCUCGGAGCGUACGGUCUCUUUCAAAUGAUGAACAGCAGCCGAGAUUUCAGGAACACCAUGAACAGGAGGUUUCCUUCGAUACUGGAAGUUUAUUACCAGUCCAACGAGUGGGCGGGCGUCUACGGGAUCAGAGAGAGAGACCACGAAGCCUGGUCGGCCAAGCAGGACUGAAGCCGUCAGUCGGAGUAAAGAA